AUGUUCUUACUUAAAGUUUUUUUUUCGCUUCUGCUCCAGGCCUUUCUUGUGGCGAACUUGACUGAAUCUGCUGCGGCUUGUCAACCGGAUGAGAAAUGCAUUAGACUUACUGCUUGUCCGCCCCUUAUGAACAUACUCAAGCCGAUAGGUAUGUCCAAGGCUGAAAAAGAUAUAUUUGCCAACAGACAGUGCGGUCUCGACAACAAUGGGAUCGAGUUAAUAAAUAAAGUAUUAAUCUGCUGCCCGGAGAGCGGUGAAGUCCUGCCAAAUAAGACGAUCUGUGGCCAAGCUCCGCCAGCUUUUCAUAUAAUAUCUGGCCAGGAGGCGCAACUGAACGGGUUUCCCUGGAUGGCUAUGCUUCUAUACAUAAAUCCCCACAGUUCGGCGCAGAGUCCUGUCUCCAAGUGCGCGGGUUCCCUGAUCUCCAACCGCUACGUGCUGACCGCAGCCCACUGUGUGGACAUAAAUGGGUUUAAUAUUCACAGCGUGCGACUGGGUGAGCAUGAUACCUCCUCUAAUCCCGACUGCCCAAUGCAAUUGGAUGGAAGAAGAGUGUGCGCUCCCCCGCAUCUGGAAAUCAAAGUGGAGGUGAUCAUCAAGCAUGAGCAUUACCGGACCUUCGGAGGGAAACAUUAUAACGAUAUUGCCCUGCUUCGACUUCAAUUUCCAGUUCGAUAUACCCAUCAAAUCCAACCCAUUUGUAUUUUACCUGAGUAUGAAUUCUCGAAUCCCUUCUUCGACGACUACAACUUGCAAAUAGCUGGCUGGGGUAUUUCGCACUGGAACACUUUCAGCACUCUAUUAUUGUAUGCCAACAUUAGGGGAAGGAACCCGGAUGAGUGCUCAAUUAGGUACCCAUCUUUAGGAUUUCACAAAGAGACCCAAAUAUGUGCCGGUGGCCAGAAUGGAGCGGACACCUGCAGAGGCGACUCUGGAAGUCCGUUGAUGGCCACAAUGGGAAGGGGCGUAGAUGAAUUCGUUUAUUUAGCCGGAAUCACCUCAUAUGGUAACAACCAGUGUGGAUAUGGGCCGGCAGUUUACACAAAAACGGCGAAAUAUAUUGAUUGGAUUCGUUGGAAUAUGUGGAGAUAUGAACAAAACUAA